ACUUCACCACAAACAACAACCACUUCUCCAUCCACAACUUUGAGCCCCACAACAACUCCCAUCACAACAUCUACUCCAACAACAACUGCAUCAACCUCUACUACACCCCAAACGACUACUACAGCUCUGACUACAACGCCCUUCCCCAGCACAACAACAACUACUUCAGCAACAACCACGGCAGCACAAACAACUACACCACUGCCUACAACAACUGCAUCUUCAACAACAACAUCCUUACCAACAACAACCAGUCCAACAACAACAUUCAACCCAACUACCACUCCAGUUCCAACAACAACUUCACCACAAACAACAACCACUUCUCCAUCCACAACUUUGAGCCCCACAACAACUCCCAUCACAACAUCUACUCCAACAACAACUGUAUCAACCUCUACUACACCCCAAACGAGUACCCUUCCAGAAACUACAACAGUGCAACCUACAACAACUGCACUAACCUCAACUACAGAAGCAGCUACUACAGCUCCGACUACAACGCCCUUCCCCAGCACAACAACAACUACUUCAGCAACAACCACGGCAGCACAAACAACUACACCACUGCCUACAACAACUGCAUCUUCAACAACAACAUCCUUACCAACAACAACCACAACUACCACUUCUCCAUCCACAACUUUGAGCCCUACAACAACUCCCAUCACAACAUCUACUCCAACAACAACUGCAUCAACCUCUACUACACCCCAAACGAGUACCCUUCCAGAAACUACAACACCUAGCUACAACUCCUGUUCCAACAACUGCACUAAUAUCAACUACGGAGUCUCCAACAGCAACAGCUCUGACUACAACGCCUUACCCCAGUACAAUAAGAACCACUUCAGCAACAACUACAGUGGUACAAACAACUACAGCACUACCUUCAACAACUGUAUCUUCAACAUCAUCAUCCUUCUCAACUUCUACUAG